AGUCUUUUACAGUAAGGGUGGUGAGGCACUGGCCCAGGUUGCCAGAGAGGUGAUGGGACCCCCAUCCCUGGAGACAUUCAAGGCCUGGCUGCAAGGGGCUCUGAGCACCAGAUCAAGCUGUGGACAUCCCUGUUCAUUGCAGAGAAGUUGGGCUAGAUGACCCUUAAAAGUCUGUUCCAACUCUAAGGAGUCUAUGAUUCUAUGCUUCUGUGAUUCUAUUUUCAAGUUCCUUUAUCAAAACGGAAAGCAGGACUGUGCGUUCUCCGCCGUGCAGAGCCCUGCGUCCAGCCAAUGUACCCAAACGCGCGCCGUUAUUUGCCACCAGAUGAAGGCUUUGGUCACCCACGGAGUGAAGAAGUUAAAUGCAUGACACAUCUCUAGAUAAGGAUCCCAGCAGGCUGAGAUUUGUAUCUCAUGACUCUAACAGUGUAAUACCCACAGAGGAUCAAUGCUGGAAUAUUUUAUGUGCAAAGAUCUCCUAGUCAAGAAGGCACCCCAGAAAAACUGCAAAGCCCCUUUCCCUAGGAGGUGUGGAACUGCCUGUCAUUCAUGCAGGAGGGCAGAGACAGUGGUGAAGAGGAAAGACCUCUGUGUUUUACUAUAUAUAAGGACGUCGGCCAUGUGAAAGAUAAGAAGACAUAAUUCUGAAGUGCUGAAAGAAAACACUGGCUCUAGGGAACGCUCAAAACCAGAGAGUAUCCAGACAGGGAGAAAUAAAAUCUCAGCCCAGACAGAACUGGGCACAUCAUCAAGAAGAAGAAGUCUGUAUUUCCUUAUCUUCUAACCUGGAGAAGGUAUGUUGCCACUGAAGUGAUCAUUUUCCAAAUAAAAGGAAGGGAAACCUGUUUCCUCCCCACUCUUCAGUCUUGUGUUUAGUAGAAUCCUCUUAAAGUCUCAGUACCUGGAAUGAAGGGAGCCCCAGCUGGUCUGCACUGAUUGAACCUGCAGUCUUGAGAUCACAUAUCUACUCCUGUUCCCUGUCAAGACCUACUGUUUGCAUAGAGCAUCAAGAAACCUUUAUAGCUGGACUAUUUGGAAUAGCUAUUGUGUAUGUGUGUUAUGCAUUGAUGCAGAUAUUUCAUUCCUAGUUUUGCACCUGAGAUUAUAUAAUUUUAGAUGUUUUCAUUAUCCACCUGUGUCCCCAAAUGUUUUGAAUAAUGAAAAGAUGUGUAGGCUUAUCAGAUUCACUGCUUCAACUGUAUUGGUUAUUUCUUUCUGGAGCUUUUUUUGGAUGUCCACUUUCCAGGUAAUUCCCUCUCUCCACUAAUAUUUCUUUACAUCAUCUUCAAAUUUCUUUUAUUUUCCCCUGAUAACAUUAGAACAUUUUAUUUAAUUUUCAAACUCUUUCAUAGUUAAAUAUAAAUUUUUUAAAAAGUUAUUUUAUGUGAGCAAAACUCUUUAAGGAAUCUCUCCUUUUAUCCCAAUAUGCAGUAAAGUAUAGAAAGAAUUUGAUUUAUUCCUUGUAAUAAAUGUUGCUUUACACGAUGCACAUGUGAGCAAUGAGCACUGUUCAUCCGUGAUGACUAUGUAUAAUAUAUUAUUAUACUGUUCUCUAUGCCCUUAUAUAUACUAGAUCUUUACAAUUUCAACAGGUUUGUAACACUCUGCAUACCUAGGAACUUUCUAUUCUUCUUCUGACAUGGAUAGUUGCAUUUUCUCCAAGUCCAGGACAAUAGUUUUGUAUUUUCAUUAAAAAAAAGUUAUACAAAGUAUGUUGCCAUAGAUGUCUUUGGUUUUUGAGUUUGGAAACUGGUUUAUGUAACUGCGGUGGGCAUAAAGAUAAAAGCAGCCAAAAUGUUAACUCCAGUUUUGGAAUCCUCAUGUCUAGUCACCGACAUCUUCUACUUGAAACCCUGUUUCAAUACAAAAUGUGAGGCAGCUCCGUGAUGGGGAAAGGAGUCGGUCAGUGAGGACCUGAAAUUCCCAUUAAUUGAAGUCGGAUGCAGAGCAGAAGCUCCAGCCCACUGCCUGGUUGUUCUCAUACAUCCCUGGCACAAACAUAGAGAACUGCAGUACUGGUGCAAAUAGAGGACAAAUGGAUCUGCCUGGAGGUGGAAGCACCAGAAGGAGCAGUAGCAGAAUAUCUGUGAGUAAGGCACCUAGGUGUUGAUGGCACCUAGACUAGCAGGUCAUCCCAGCACACCCACACACAAUUUCUUACAGCCUUCAGAUCAGGAUAAAGAGGCAAAUGAUGAUUCUCAUAGGCAGGACAGAAUUAAGAGACUAUACAGUGUCAACUCCUAGGUACCUGAGACAUGUUAAAAAAAUACAUAUAGUCAUCAACAAAAGAACAACUCAAAAGAAGUGAUGAAGAUCCAACAGUUGGUAUCCCUCAUCAUUAAUUUCAUAGCAAAGAAUCCUGAGCAGAUCAUUUGGACAAAAAUACAUUGGUGAUUAUAAGAAUACGCGAGUGAAAGUCUGCGAAUUUAUGCUUUACACCAAAGUCACCUCCCUCCCCAUAAAAUCUCACAAUGAUCUUUACUACACUGGCUCUACACACUUGCAACAUAAUUUCAUAUGUGGAAUUGAAUACCACAGGCAUCAGGACAAAUUCAACUAUCUCCCUCUGUUUUUCUCCUUGUAGAUGCCAUGUGAAGGCUGCAUGGAGAGGGACAAUGAGAGCACUGAUGCAACCAUGGAGUUCCUCCUUCUUGGCUUCUCUGAGCUGUUUUGUCUGCGGGUCCUCCUCUUCCUUAUCUUUCUCAUCAUCCAUUUGGUCACACUGGCAGGGAAUAUGAUGAUCUUCAUAGCUGUGGUUAUGGAGCGUCCUCGUCCUCCUAUGCUUUUCUUCCUCUGUCAGCUCUCUGUCAUUGAGCUUUGCUACACCCUAGUCAUUGUCCCUAAGGCACUCCUUGGCCUGAUGGUUAUGAAUGGCAUCACCAUUUCCUUCAUAGGCUGUGCUGCCCAGAUGCACCUUUUUGUGGGACUUGGUGGAGCUGAAUGCUUCCUCCUGGCAGCCAUGUCGUAUGACCGCUAUGUUGCUAUCUGCCAGCCCCUUCACUACGCAGUGGUGAUGAGCGAGGAGCUCUGUCUUAGGCUGUCCGUAGUAUGCUGUCUGGGGGGCUUUGCUGUUGCCCUGGGGUUGACAGUGGCUGUUUUCCGCUUACCUUUCUGUCAGUCACAUCACAUCAACCACUUCUUCUGUGAUGUUCCGGCGGUGCUGCACCUGGCCUGUACACAGACCUACACCCCCGAGCUUCCCCUGCUGGCUGCCUGCGUGCUCCUCCUGCUGCUUCCCUUCCUCCUGAUCCUGACCUCUUAUGUGUGUAUUGCUGCUGCUUUGCUACAUAUCACUCCCUCCCUCAGAAGGGGCAAGGCCUUUUCCACCUGCUUUUCACACUUGGCCAUCACCUUGCUGCACUAUGGAUGUGCCUCCUUCAUGUACAUUCGUCCGAAGUCCAGCUACUCACCAGCUCGAGACAAGAUGGUUUCUCUGGUCUACACCAACAUUACUCCAUUACUAUAUCCCCUUAUUUAUAGCUUGAGGAACAAGGAAAUCAGAGAAGUCCUAAGGAAAAUGUUGAGGAGGAAGAGAAUAGCUCAGCUGAACUGGAGUGCUACCAGGGCUAUUACAGGUGUGAACUAAAUUUUAGUAGAACAAAUGUUCUUGUUGGAAAUGCAGCCCUGUAACUUGGCUAGACAAGGUUCUCUGUAGACUCCACUAAGGUAAAUAUCCAGGCAGAAUGCAAGAUGCAUUGAUAUAUUUUUGACAAAAUGACAC